AAUUAACAACACAUUUAAAACCAUUAACAGUAAUCAGUAAAAAUACAUUAUACAAACAUUAAAAAGCAUUAAAAACAUAUAGAUUACUUAAUUUUAUACCCCACCACCAUUUCCCAAAUGGGACUCGGGGCAGUUGAAACAUGGGGCCAAUUCCCAUAAAUAUAAUACAAAUGAUCCAUCAAAGUAAAAACAUAGGUAAAGUGAAAACAAUAAAAGUAAAAAUUAAAAUAUAACAGAAGAAUAUCAAACAGCUGCAUGGCCAUGUUCCAAAAGCAUUUUUUCCCCAGACGUUUCGCUUGCAUCUGUGGCAGGCAUCUUCCGAGGUUGUGAGGUCUGUUGUAAACUAGGCAAAUAAGGUUUAUAUAUCUGGCAUGUCCAGGGUGGGAGAAAGAACUCUAUAAAAGUGUAAAUCUUUUAAUUGACCACCUUGAUUAGCAUUCAAUAGCCUUUCAGCUUCAAGGUCUAGCUGCGUCCUGCCUGGGGGAAUCCUUUGUUGGGAGGUAUUAGGUAAAGAUAAAAAUUUUCCCCUGACGUUAAGUCCAGUCGUGACCAACUCUGGGGGUUGGUGCUCAUCUCCAUUUCUAAGCCGAAGAGCCGGCAUUGUCCGUAGACACGUCCAAGGUCAUGUGGCCGGCAUGACUGCAUGGAGUGCCGUUACCUUCCCGCUGGAGUGGUACCUAUUGAUCUACUCACAUUUGCAUGUUUUCGAACUGCUAGGUUGGCAGGAGCUGGGGCUAACAGCGGGCGCUCAUUCCACUCCUGGGAUUUGAACCUGGGACUUUUUGGUCAGCAAGUUCAAGGUUGGUAUUAGCUGGCCCUUAUUGAUUCAUGCCUGGAAUUCCCCUGUUUUCUUUAGUGUUGUUCUUUAUUUACUGUCCUGAUUUUAGAAUUUUUUAAAUACCGGUAGCCAGAUUUUGUUCAUUUCCAUGGUUUCCUCCUUUCCGUUGAAAUUGUCACAUGCUUGUGGAUUUCAGUGGCUUCUCUGUGUAGUCUGACAUGGUGAUUCUUAGAGUGAUCCAGCAUUUUGGUGUUCCCAAAUAAUAUGAUGUGUCCAGGUUGGUUCACAGCAAAUAAAGAACACCACUUGAAAAACAGAGGAAUUCCAGAUAGGAAUCAAUCAGGGCCAGUUAACACCUCCCAACAAAGGAUUCCACCAGGCAGUAAGUAGUCAGGCCUUGAAGCUGAAAGGCUAUUCAAUGCUAAUCAGGUUGGCAAGUUGCAAUAUUCACACCUGCCUCAGACAAGAGUUCUUUCUCCCACCCUGGACUUUCCACUUGCCUAGCUUCCAACAGGACUCACAACCUCAGAGGAUGCCUGCCAUAGAUGUGGAUGAAAUGUUAGAAGAGAAUGCAUCCGGAACAUGGCCAUACAGCCUGGAAAGCUCACCGCAGCCCAGUGAUUCUGACCAUGAAAGCCUUUGAUAACGCAUCAAAGUAAUGUAGUUUGGCAUCCACUUGAACUGCCAUGGCUCGAGGCUACGGAAUUACAGGAGUUGUAAUUUCACAAGGGCUUCAGCCUUUCCUGCCAAACAGAGCUGGUGCCUCACCAAACUACCACUCCCAUGGUUCCAUAAUAUUGAGCCAUGGCAGUUAGUGGUACCAAACCACAGUAGGUUGACAAUUGUAAACCCACUAACAGACCCACUUAGAAAAGCCAACAAAGGCCACGUUCAGCAAAGGAACAAGAGGGAUCCUCUCACCUUUGCAGGAGUGUACCGUAUACCAUGCAGCUGUGGACAAGUUUACAUAUGGGCCACCAACCGCAGCAUCCAAACACAAAUCAAGGAACAUGAAAGACACUGCAGACUAGUUCAAUAAAGAGAAAUCAACCAUAGCAGAGCACUUGAUGAACCAAUCUGGCCACAACAUAUUAUUUGAGAACACAGAAAUGCUGGACCACUCUGACAACCAACAUGUCAGACUACACAGAAAAGCCAUUGAUAUCCACAGAGAUUCCCCCAGGCAUGAAGCAGUCAGGCUUUCAAGCUGCAAGGCUAUUCAGUGCUAAUCAAGCUGUCCAAUGGCAACAUUCACACUUGCUUCAGGUAGACAAGAGUUCUUUUUCCCACCCUGAACAUUUCACAGAUAUAUAAACCGCACUUGCCUAGUUUCCAACAAACCUCACAACCUCUGAGGAUGCCUGCCAUAGAUGUGGGUGAAACGUUUUCUGUUCCUGGUCUGAAAGUGUUAUUUCCUGUUUAAUUGUAUGGUACUUACUUUGAUAAUAGUUGUUAUACUCCAGAAACCUUGUUUUUGUGGCUGAGGGUAGUAUUAUUAUUUCCUUCAGUCUAGGCACUUCAUUUGUAAUUUUCCUUAAUGAAAAUAUGCUAUUUUAAAACAUCAAAAACAAAGUUUUUGUAGAUUAAUAAACUUGUUCCAUAUUUUUAUGAUAGUACCAAUUAGGAAAUGACAUUUAUAAUCCAGGAACAAUAAUCAUAUUACAUAGUGUUGUCAGUCCAGUUAUUGUUUGAUUUAAUUCUCCUUUUAAUAUUCCAAACAUAAUUUUAUUUCAAACCAAAUUAGCCAACAAUGCAGUCGGCCCUACACAUCCAUGGAUUCUGCAUCCAUGAAUUCAACCAUCAACAACUUGAAAAUAUGUUUUAAAAAUCCAAAAAAGUAAACUUUGAUUUUCCCUUUUUAUGUAUAGUAUGCUGUUUUACUACACCAUUAUAGAUAACGGGAGCUGAACAUCUAUGGGUUUCUGUAUUCACAAGGGAUCCUGGAACCAAACCAAGGGCUAAUGAAGCCUUCUGUUCCAAGGCCAGGGAAGGAAGACUGCCACUGUGUCCAACUCAUGAUCAGAAGGACGUUACAAAGUGGAAGAGUUGCAGAAGGAGCCUGCGAGGAUGUUAACAAAGUUCAGAAAGCAAGUCAGAUGAAACAGCUGCAGGAACUGGAGCUGUGAUUCAAACACAAGAUGGCAAGGACAAGUCAUAGCAACUAUGUUCUUCAGCAGCUCAACAACCAAAGAGAGUGGGGAUUCCUCUGUGACUGCUGCAUUGCAAUUGACGAUAUCUACUUUCAGGCGCACAAAGCAGUCUUGGCUGCCUGCAGUUCUUACUUUAGGAUGUUUUUCAUGAGCCAACAGCACAGCACAGCACAGCUCAAUCUCAGCAACAUGAAGAUUACAGCUGAAUGCUUUGAUCUCAUUUUACAGUUUAUGUACUUAGGGAAAAUCAUGACAGCCCCAGCCAACUUUGAUCAGUUUAAAGUGGCCAUGAAUUCCCUUCAGCUCUAUAAUGUGCCAGAAUGUUUAGAAGAUAUACAAGAUGCAAACUCCUCUGGGUUGCAGUGUUCCUCUUCCGCUUCUAGCACCCAAAAUAGCAAAAUGAUUUUUGGCGUCCGGAUGUACGAAGACACGUUGGCUAGAAACGGGAGUGAAGCAAACAGGUGGAGUGUUGAGCCUCCAAGUUCAACUGUGAGCACCUCCCAGAGCAGGGAGGUGGAUGAGGAACCCUUGCAGCUGAGCAGUUUAUCUGAGCAGUCCUUGGAAAGCUGCAAAAGGAGUACUGUGCCCAAGCUCCCAAGCACCAAAGACCGAGUAUCCAAUUCACGGCGCUUUGGAAGAAGUUUUACAUGUGAUGGCUGUGGCUUCAGCUUCAGCUGCGAGCGGCUGUUAGAUGAGCACAUCACUUCAUGUACUAACAGGCAUUCGUAUCAGAAUGUCAAAUAUUACGGGGCUGAAACAAAAGACAACAGUGAGGGGGACUCAGCUCUUAUGAUGUCAUCUUCCCAGUUGGAAAAAUACAAAGCAGAUGGAGACCAUGCUACAGACAGGUCGUCAUCCCCAGCAUCAAAUGUAACAAGUGGGAAAGGCAGCAGUCUUACUAUGGAGCAGUUAGGCGAAGAACGAAGCCGAGCCAGUGAGAGGAAAAGGAUUAUUGUUAAAAUGGAGCCAGAUGACCACCCAGUGGAUGGCCUGAAAGAGUUCAAUGUUAUAAAAGUGACAGAUGGCAAUGAUUCCACCGACAAUGAUGACCUAGAUGAUGACGAACCAGUCUAUAGGUAUUACAUUGAGGAAGAGGUGAAUGAAAGCAGACGUGUUAGGAAAGCUCUCUUAAAACCGCACAUGCCUAUUGAUGGAGGGACUAGAAAAUAUUUUAGAAGUGCCAAGAACCUUAACAAUAAAGUGAAUGUAGUCAAGGAAGUGACAGAACAUGCGUCCUGCGAACUGUGUGGGUUGACAAUCACAGAAGAAGACCUGUCUUCUCAUUACUUAUCCAAACACAUAGAAAAUAUAUGUGCCUGUGGGAAAUGUGGCCAGAUAUUAGUCAAAGGACGACAGCUGCAGGAUCAUGCCCAGAAUUGUGGAGAGCCCCAAGACUUAACCACGAAUGGCAUACGAAAUGCAGAGGAGAAAAUUGACCCAGAAGAGAGCCCUGAGGAACAAGCUGAAAACCAAGAGAUGAUGUAUGUUGAGAUGCUGGAUGAGUUUGGGGACAGCCAUUUCCAGAUGAACAGUCUCCCAAAAAAACAACUCUACAGGGAUUCAGCAUGCCCUUUCCGAUGUCCUAACUGUGGCCUUCGUUUUGAAACAGAAAACUUGGUGGUUGAACACAUGUCCAGUUGCCUGGACCAAGAUCUGUUUAAGAAUUCCAUUUUGGAAGAGAAUGAAAGGGACCAUCGCCGCAAACAUUUCUGCAGUCUCUGUGGGAAAGGCUUUUAUCAGCGUUGUCAUUUGCGGGAACAUUAUACUGUGCACACCAAGGAAAAACAGUUUGUUUGUCAGACUUGUGGCAAGCAGUUCCUAAGAGAACGCCAACUGCGCCUUCACAAUGAUAUGCACAAAGGCAUGGCCAGGUAUGUCUGCUCCAUUUGCGACCAAGGAAACUUCCGAAAGCACGAUCAUGUCCGGCACAUGAUAUCCCAUCUAUCUGCUGGAGAGACAAUAUGCCAGGUCUGCUUUCAGAUUUUCCCAAAUAAUGAACAACUUGAGCAGCACAUGGAUGUUCACUUGUACACAUGUGGUGUUUGUGGUGCCAAAUUUAACUUGAGGAAAGACAUGAGAUCGCACUAUAAUGCCAAACAUUUGAAAAGAACAUGAGCACAUAAGCCUUGUGGACAUAAACUAAAACAAGAAGGAACACCAAAGCAAGCAAUAGUGCAUAAAGAAAAUGAAUUGUCCUGUUCAACAUGACUGGGGUGUUAAAAGAGCCUUUAAAUCACAUCCAUCUUCAUUUAAGGUCUUAAAGUAUAUAAAGUAUAUACAUACUGCUUUAAAACACCAAAUGUUUAAUUAUUGCAUUUUUUACUCUUGCCAGUUUCUGUUUCUGAUUUUUUUCUUGAUGCUCUCUUAAAUCAUUACUCUGCACUGUAGAUUAUAACAGUACACUGUAGUAUUCAAGGCACUAGCUUCUAUUAAACAGCUUCACAUCAGUA